AACACAGCGGAAACAAGGCUGCGGUAUGCGCGGUCAAAGAUGAGCGCGAGCCUGAGUGAGCAGUAUGAGGAGAAGGUGCGCCCGUGCAUCGACCUGAUCGACUCUCUGCGCGCGCUGGGUGUGGAGAAGGACCUCGCGCUUCCAGCCAUCGCCGUGAUCGGAGACCAGAGCUCGGGGAAGAGCUCGGUGCUGGAGGCGCUGUCCGGAGUCGCUCUGCCCCGCGGGAGUGGUAUCGUGACAAGAUGUCCACUCGAGCUGAAGAUGAAGAGGAGCCGAGAGGAAGACUUCUGGCAUGGAAAGAUCAAGUACAAGAAAGAUCACGAUGAGGAUUAUGAGGAAGAGAUCCAAAAUCCAGCAGACGUGGAGAAAAAGAUUAGAGAAGCUCAGGACCAUAUGGCUGGGGUCGGCGUGGGCAUCAGUGACGAGCUCAUCAGCCUGGAAGUAACGUCAGCUGAUGUUCCAGACCUCACACUCAUCGAUCUGCCUGGUAUUGCCCGUGUGGCAGUCAAAGGCCAACCGGAGAACAUCGGAGAACAGAUUAAGAGGCUGAUCAAAAAGUUCAUCACAAAGCAAGAAACCAUCAACCUGGUGGUGGUGCCGAGUAACGUGGACAUCGCCACUACUGAAGCGCUGAAGAUGGCUCAGGAAGUUGAUCCAAAUGGCGAGAGAACCCUCGGCAUCCUAACGAAGCCUGACCUGGUGGAUAAAGGCACGGAGGAGACGGUGGUGUCCAUCAUCCAUAACGAGAUCAUUUACCUCACCAAAGGCUACAUGAUCGUCAGGUGCCGAGGGCAGAAGGAGAUCAUGGACCGCGUCUCUCUGCACGAAGCCACCGAGAAGGAGAAGGACUUCUUUAAAGACCACCCACAUUUCAGCACACUGUAUGAGGAAGGCAUGGCCACCAUUCCCAACCUGGCUGAGAAACUCACACUUGAACUCGUGCAUCACAUUGAGCUAUCUCUGCCACGACUGGAGGAGCAGAUUGAUAUAAAGUUGGCUGACUCUCAGGCUGAACUGGAUCGCUAUGGCUCAGGGCCUCCUACAGAACCAGCGGAGAGGAUCUGCUUCCUGAUUGACAAAGUUACAGCGUUCACUCAGGACGCCAUUAACCUCACAACCGGAGAGGAGCUGAAGAACAUCCAACAUCUCAACAUCUUCUCGAGCCUGCGGAGGCAGUUUGCGCUAUGGAAGAUGCAUCUGGACGACUCAGGAGAGACGUUCAAGAGCAGGAUUGAGAAGGAAGUGAACGAGUAUGAGGAAAAAUACAGAGGUAGGGAACUCCCAGGAUUCAUCAACUACAAGACCUUUGAGGUGAUAGUGAAGGACCAGAUCAAGCAGCUGGAGGAACCUGCCAUCAGGAGGCUGAAGGAAAUCUCAGAUCUCAUUCGGAAGGGCUUCAUCCAACUGGCUCAAAACAGCUUCUUGGGUUUCCCCAAUCUCCUGAAAAUGGCAAAGACCAAGAUAGAGUGCAUCAAGCAGGUGAAGGAGUUGGAGGCCGAAACAAUGCUGAGGACUCAGUUUAAGAUGGAGCUGAUCAUCUACACCCAAGACAGCAUGUACAGUGACACUCUGAGCACGCUGAAACUCGAGGAGGAAGAAGGAGAGAGACAAAAAGUUAUAUUGCCGAAUUCUUUCAGCAUUUCAUGUAGUUUAUACAAUCACUCCAACAACAGAGCUACUCUCGAGGAACUGAUGCGCCACCUCAAGUCCUACUACAGCAUCGCGAGUAAGCGUCUGGCUGACCAGCUGCCGCUGGUGAUCAGGUACCUGCUGCUGCAGGAGUCGGCGAAGCAGCUGCAGAGAGAAAUGCUACAGCUCAUGCAGGACAAAAACGCCACAGAUCAGCUGCUGAAAGAAGAUCACGACAUCGGGAACAAACGCAACAACCUGCAAAGCCGCCAGAAGCGUCUGAUGGAGGCCCGCAACUACCUGGUCAAGUUUUAGAGUCGUGUAUAGUGUCUAUUUUGUUGAUCACUGGAAGCAAGCAACACGCAGUCCCAACAAAUCAAUUAUAAAGCCAGAAAUGCCUUUAUAAUAUUAUUAUUAGUCCAGUAUGUAUAUGUAUUUAUUGCCAAUAUCAAGAUGUACUGUUCGCUUACUCCAAUGUACGGUUAUAUGAUAGUCAACAUAGUACAUCAUAAUAUUGAAAGAUAUUUUCAUUAUAAGUGACGCAUAUUACAUAUACCCGAGAAAACUCCAUUGAAACAGCGCACCCUUGUGAUACGCAUGACUUGGAGUAUAUGAAGAGACAGCGUUUCUCAAUAUUGGCUUAGCGGUUUAUCCGGAGUGUCAUUUCUGAGUAUAUUAGUUAUCUGGAGUCUGUACCUAAACAUUUGAAAUAAUAAUAAAAAAUUUUAAAAAACUGUU